CACAAAGGAUAACAAGACUUGAUCAUACACAAAUGCAAGAGAAAUCACCCAAUGAAAGAAAAGUAUGUUGCCCAGCUUCUAUCAAUAUGAGUAAUUUAUCUAACAGUGUGAAAGACAAGAAGGAGGGGACAGGGGAACAAGAUUUACCAAUUCCAGAGAGUGGCCAAGGCUUCAUAUUCAGUACAUAUCAGGAGACGGAUCAUGACGUUAUCAAAUCAGAUGAAGGGCUGAAACGAACAGGAAGUAUAGAUAUCCAGGUACAACCACAAACACAUUUUGCAGAGAGUAUUUUGAGCUCUGCUUCAUGCCCAACGCUGGAUCCAUUUCAACUGAAAAAGCUAGAGAGCGAUGCUAGGUUUUUUCCUCCAAUGUCAGGAGAAGCAAAGUUUGAUGAAAAAAUAUUUUCUGCAAGAGAAGGUGGUGUCCCAUCUGAGGCAAAUCAUCAAAAGGAACAAGCUGGUGGUACUGAAAAGGAAGAGAAAAUGACUUUAGCUUUCUGCAUGGCUGCUUUAUCUCUAUCUAAAGGCAAGAGAAACUUCAAACAAUAUUCAGACAUGAAAAUCUUGAUGAAUCCCAGACAUGGAAUUUUAAAAGCAAAGAAACCACCCAUUUCACAGAUGCUCAAUAUCAAGGGUGGUGCUAGACGAAAUCAUAGGAAAGGAUUGAGAUAUAACUUGACCACCAAAAUGGGACAAGUGGGUCAGGGUACAAAAAUUGCAGACAGCAGGGACUCCCUCCUGAACAUCAUCCCUGCCAUUAAUAGGUAUAGUGACCGAGAAGGGGAAAAAGACAUGUUAGGAGAAAAAAGACUCAAUUCUGAACAAGUAAAGCAAAAUAUACCCCCACACAAAGGGAAUGUGACUCCAGAUGACCCCAAAGAAGGUGAUCUUCAAGAUGAAGAAAGUGAACAGAAGAUCUCAUUAAAAGUAAUUCCACAGUACAGCCAACAUUUCAUACUCUGUUCAGACCAGACAAAGGAGCUUGAGCUUCACAAACCAGGAAACAAAGGAUGUGGGAAAACUCUAUUUGUUACCAAACAGGACAUCCCCCAGCACACACAGCCUGCAGAUCCAGUGCAGGCAACACAGCCAAAGAGAAGCCAGCAGACACAGAACGGCACAGUGUGGUCAUCGAGUUCAGACUUUCCUCUUCUGAAGUCAACCGAAUCACUAACCAGUCAAGUUGUAAUUGAUACAAUGAAGUGUGGCAUCCCAAGUGAUGAGAGCCACAUGGGAGAACUGGAUGAUCAUGGUAAAGAGGAAAAGUCAGAGUUUAAAAAAGAUGUACGAGCACCUGACCCCAAGUCUUCAGCUACCGCCACACCUGAUCCCCCUGAACCUAAACAGGGGAGAAAGACAUUCACAUGUAGAGCCUUAAAAAGUAAAAUGAGUCCCAAGUGUGUUGUUAUGAAGGCAAGAAAGGCAACAAUAUCGCAGAUACUUAACAUCCCUGGGAAUGGCUGUCUGAAAACCGUCCCUUCCAAAACCCUGCGAUCGCAGAUCGUUGAGUUUUUGAUUGAGAUAAAAUACUCCGGGGUGCUCGGAGAUGUGACUGAAGAGAGAAAGGAAGGAGGAUCCCGAGAAUUGCUGGCAACAAUGCUGGAGUUCUGGGAUGCAGCCACACUUGCUUUACCUCUCUCGAAAAGAGAGAGAAACCACUCAGAACUUAGAGACAAGAGAAAUAAAAUGAGUCCCAAAAGUAUCACUUUGAAGGCAAAGAAGGCACCGAUUUCCAAGACAUUUACUGUCACAAAACGUGGUGGGCCAAGCCGUGGUAGGCAACUUGAAGGCAAAUUCACAACCGUGAGGAAACAAGGUCAGUCAUUGGCAGCCACCAGGCUGAAUGCCACUGCCUCUUCCGUGUCGGUUUCACUGGACAGAAAGGUGCAUAACAGAAAGAAAGCAGAGACGGACAAGCCGGGGAAGACGAGGUUCCAUCCCGAGCUACAACAGCAAGGACACUGGCCAGAUGGCGGGAAAGCCUGGUGUCCCUAUCCUAGGGCCAAGAGAGAAAACGUCAGGAAGGAACUCCAAGGCCACGGUGGAGAAGCAGCGCCUCAGAAUUUCCAGCACCUCACUUUCCAUGCUCAUCAUGUGAAGGAGCCUCGCUUUGUGAAAUCAGAUCUCAAACAGAAGUAUUCAGCAAGGGGGAAAAUCCCAGAAUCACUAACCAUAGCAGAGGAGCUGCAACAACACACGUUUUUCACACAAAGUGUCUUGCGUUCUGUGUCUUCCUCUAUUUUGAAUUCACUUCCAUCUGAGAAGGCACCAAAAAGGACAAAAACACAGAGGUCAAGGAUUUUUUCUCCAGUGACAGAGAAAUUACUUGGUGAAUCUUUAGCUGUUAAAGUACCAAGUGACAUCCUGUCUGAAACAGACCCAACAAAGGAACCUGCUAGUUCUAGUCCAGAGGGAAGGAAAGAAUUACAAGUGGAUUUACAAGGGAGAGCCCUACAGUCUUUCUGUAUCUCCAGGCCAGAUUCAUCUGAAAUUAAAGGGUUGAGAAAUGUAGCAUUGAUCCCUACAUCUCAAACUGGGAAAGCCCAGAUGGCAUCAGUUUUGAAGACAACUAAUAACACUAGUCCCAUUGCCCCCAGCCAUGAAAAGGAACUGGUCUACACCUUUGAUAACAUGGCCAAAGAGUUAUCUCAGAGUAUGUCAAAUAUAUUUAUAAAUACUUCUUUUUCACCUACACCUGUUUCACCUGCCACCAAAACACAUAAAAAACUGGAAGCCAAGAAAGACUCAGUCAAAGUCAGUAUUAUGCAGCUAAAACCAGAGGACAGGAAAAGACUGUGUAAAAGAUGGAGUGCCUUGGGCACCGCAUCUGAGUCAAGAUGGCAAAAUGAAAGAGAGGGCAAGGAAUUUGUAUUCAAAACAGGUCUACAAUUUCUGAGUAGGACAGAAAGUAGAAAAGAUGAAAAUAUGCUUAUUACAGAGCAAGACAUGCAGCAACAAACACUAGUUUCAGAAAGUAUAUUGGAGUCUACCUGUUCUCCUCUGAUAAUUCCAUUUCAAACUGAAAAGGUGAAGAAGAACAUCCCACCAUAUACAAACAUACUGCAUAGAAAGAGUGAAAAGAUUUCAUGUGUAAAAAGAGGGACAGCAAUGUUCGAUGGUCUUUUAACUGAUGAGGCAGGGUGUAGGACUCCAUCUGCUGGGAACCCCACAAGGAGGCUGAAUGCUUCCAGUUCAGCUUCCCUACAACCUGAAGAAGAGAAAGACAUAAAAACUCAAAAAGUAACAAAAUACACAGCUGAUCAAAAUAUCCCACUUCCCAAGUCAGGGAUCUCAGCGCUUGGAGAUUCAUGUAAUGAAAGCUCUAGAAGGAAAGUGGGUGGUUCUAUUGUCAAGAAACAUGAAGAGCUGCAAAAAGAUUUACUAACAAUAUCCACAACAUCUGUUUUGUCUGAAUCUAGAAGGCAGAAAAAGGAACUAAAAUUUCCAGAAAGGAAAGAUCUUAUGGGUCCCAGAUGUAUAAUGAAGGAAAAGAGGCCUCUUUUUUCACAGGUGCUUAAUAUCACUAAGCAUGGUCAUCAGUACUGUAAAAAUAAACAGGAAUGUUAUUUAAAGUCUGUGAUAAAAGACAGGCAACAACAUGAAAGUAUAGCUGAUACAUUUUCAUCUCUCACACCUGUUUCAACAGGUAAUAAGAUAGAUAUUGAAAUUGAUAGCACACCCACAACAGGGACAGAUCAACCAAGAGUACAAACACACAGCCACACCUGCCCAGAGCUAGAGAAAUCACUGAGUGUUGGGGAAGCGUGGGAGGCCAAUCUGAUUGAUACACAAAGCAGAUCCAGCAACACAGGGAGAGUGACUGUGCCACAUGAGAAGGAAGAGGAAAAUGUCCCAGAAAUAUCAGCAGAAUCAGUUCCACACGAGAGCCAACACCUCUGUUUCACUUCUCAUCAUGUGAAAAAUCUUGGACCUUGCAAAUCAAAACCUAAACUGGAUAGUUCGGAAGGCAGAAGUACUUGGAAUCUGUCUUGUGCAGCACAAAACAUGAGGCAAGAAGAACGCAUUAGAAAAAUAAUUUUAAAGCCUGUGUCUAAAAGCGUGAUGACUUUAAUUCAGGCCCAAACACUGAAGAAGGUUCUUCAUACUCAAGAGGAAAUCCAACACAUGGCAGAUCUAAAGACCCCAUUUCCAAAAGCUAGGAAAUCAGAGGCUGGUUCCUUACACUGUGAUGGUGUCUGGGAUGGAAAUCAUAGGAGGAAACGAGACAGUCCUAUUUUUAAGAAAAAGGCAAGGAGUCAGAGUGACUUAGUAGGAACAGUCUUAAAGCCCUUAGAUUUCUCCAGCCUUGAUUCAUCUGAACCCGAGAGCCAGAGUCAUGCAGUAGAGGCUGUAGGCAAGAAAAGUACAAUGAGUCCCAAGCAGGUAACUCUGGAGGCAGGGAAGCUACCAGUUUUACAGGGGCUUGAUAGCACGAGGUGUCUUACUGGAAGCCACAGAGAGAAAAACCACAAACUUAAGGCCAAGGCAAGAGAGAAGCAACAGAAUGAAGGUGCAAGAGAGACAUUCCAUGCCAGCGAGGGAGCUGAGAGUCCACCACCCACAUUAGUGACUGACAAACUGCCAUUCGAUAGAGCAGCGAGGGAUAGUCUGGAUAACCAUGGAGCACUUCACAAAAAUCUAGAUGAUUUUGUUACAGAGAAAAAGGCAGAGCUGGAUAAAAACUCAGCUACAGUUCUCCUGGGGCCUUUCAAUUUACUCAUGCCUGUUUUAUCUGACUCUGAAAGCCAGACAAACACAGUGCAAGAGAAAAUCACACUGAAACGCAAGUGUUCUGUGAUGAAAAAAAAGGAGCCACUCAUUUCACAGCUAUUUAAAAUCAGUAGGCAAUGUGCCACAAAACAGAGGACGAAACUUAGAUCCAACAUAGAAACCAAAAUGAAAGAGAUGCAUUCAGGUAAAAAUGCGACUGCUAUGUACACAAAUGCCACUUGCUUCGAAGUGGAUGCCUCUGACAUUAGAAGGCAAAGCGGAUUCCAAACAGAGGCAGAGAGAAUAUCAGGGUUCAGUCCUGUGCAGACAACACACAUGCAGUUGCCAGUUGAAGACAGAGUGGUUUUACAGUCACUCAGUGCCGCAGGUCCUGCUGCUUUAAGCAUGAACAAAGAACAGGAGGUAGACACACACACAGACAAAGCUGUGUUAAACACAGACCUAAAACCUACAGAUGCUUCUCCAUCUAUUCCACCACAUAUAAAAACGGAGCAGUCACCUAGCACCUCGGGUAACUGUGAAGACUCUUCUGAAAAGAGAAAUGCCUUAAAGAAAGCAAAAGUCAUGGAGGAAAAGGAGUGUGAACAACAGGUCUUGUUUGGAACACCUUCACAAUAUACCCAGUCAUUUGAGUUUCUACAAAAGAAACAGCAAGAACCAUGUGUCUCAGGAAACACCCAGAACUCUGCUUAUGCUCACAUACCUCCAUACCCCCAAAUCCUAAACCAUCACGCUAAUGCAAAAGUAGCAGGUGCAGAAAACACUGUGCAUACCGAGCAGGUAAAAUCGAAGGCAAAGAAACCAUUUGUUUCCCUGAUGUAUAACACAGCGGGGUAUGGGACCCGAAGCCACGAAAAGGAGACAAGGUGUAACACCAAGAAGCAGAAGCCGGGGUUCCAGCAAGUGUAG